AUGGAGAGAAAGGAUGGCCUCCUGAGUGAGGCUGCAGGGCCCAGACGCCGGAAGGUGACCGUCUCAGUCUCCCGGAAGGUGACCGUCUCAGUCUCCCGCCAAGCCUGGCUGGGAGACCUGUUGCACCUGGAAGGUGGAGACUGUCCCCGGGCCACAGUCACCAGCGACGCAGGUGGACACCGGACCCUGAAAGCCACGGCGGCAGCAGGAACCCAGGGAAAGGCGCCCAAGAAAGUCAUCGCCCAGAGGGUGAGCGGAUCCGUCAAGUGGUACAACGUGAAGUGCGGGUACGGUUUCAUCAGAAGGCACGACACGCAGGAAGACGUGUUCGUUCACUGCUCAGCCAUCGCCCGGAGCGGUCCUCGCAAGAACCGGCGUGGCUUGGGCACCAGGGAGGCUGUGGAGUUCGACGUGCUGCAGGGUGAGCGGGGCACCGAGGCCGCCAACGUGACCCGGCCAGCUGGCGCCCCGGCGAAGGGCUGCUGCUUCUUCAACAGGUACCUUGGAGCGCCACAGCCUCUCUCCGGUGCCAGGGGCCCCCAAGAGGACGUCGUCGACGGCAAAGCCGGCAGAGGAGACUUCGCCGCAGCCAAGGGCCAGAGGUACUGCCUGACCAGCAGCCCCCACACCCAGCGACAGCGGCGCUUCCCGCCCUUCCGCAAGGCCCCAGGCGCCACCUGCAGCCUUGCCACCUUCACUCCCGCCAAUGGCCCACGGGCCAAGCACCUGCCUGCGCCUGCGCCUUCGCCUGCGCCUGCGCCUGCGCCAGCGCCAGCGUCAGCGCCAUCCGCAGGGCUCGAGGGCGCACCACCGCGCCGGGGGCGUGGGUUCAGCUACCGUCUGAGCCGCCCUAGGGGCCGAGGCACUGCCCCUGAUCCGAAGCCCUCACCCGACGUCGCCCAGGAGCUGGAGGCAGAAAAGAUUGAGAGCUGGAGCGCUGCCCACCGCCUGCAGCAGGGGUCCCCACCACGCUGUGGAUGGCACUGCCCCAACUACCCCUGUGAUUGCUAUCGCCAGCAGCAGCCGCCUGACGAACAAGGCCAGACACCCAAAGGAGGAAAGGGUGAGAUCGGGAAGGGCCCUGCUGGGAAACCCGCUUGUGUCGCCCAGAAGACCAGCGCCUCCGAGGGGAAAGCCGCAGUUGCAAAAGCCUCCUCUGCUGCUCAGGCCCAUUAA